AGUCAAUGAAAAGAUUAACCUAGAACUAAUUGCAAAAGAAUUUUUAGCAACAUCUCACGAAAGAACAUAAUCUGAAGUGUUUAUCAUAAAAAGUCCCGAAAUUUUGCGAAAGCAAUAAAAAAGAUAUAGGUUGUUAAAUAUAGCGUUUUUUUGUCAUUUUGACACUUGGCUUUACUGCGCUACCAUACCAGAAGAAUUCUCGCGCACAAGUCCGUGACGUCACAGAAUUAGUUAUGGCGGCGCCCAUAUUGAAAUUUUAACGGCUGCUACAAUCCUCGAUCUAAAAGUUCUGAACGUUUUCAGGUACUAACAGAGACGAUACCCGGUCUUCAGAUUGUUGAUCUUCUACUCCAACAACAUGUAGCUGAAUAAUACUUAUAGAUUGCUAAUGAGGUACUAACAGAGACGUUAUCCGGUCUUCAACAACAAACUGUAGAUUGUUGAUCUUCUUCUCCAACAGCAUGUAGCUGAAUAAUACUAAUAGAUUGCUAAUGAGGUACUAACAGAGACGAUACCCGGUCUUCAACAACAAACUGUAGAGUGUUGAUCUUCUUCUCCAACAACAUGUAGCUGAAUAAUACUAAUAGAUUGCUAAUGAGUUUAGUUUCAAGUCCGUUCUUCUAGAGACUGUUGAGGAAACUGAAAACAUAUUCUUUGUGUACCCUACAAACUGCCAGAAAAAGGUAAGAAUUUGAAAAAGCAUAAAUUAUAGCAAUGAGAUAAUCCAAUAAAUACAAUUUAUUUAUGUAUGUAUAAAAAAAUAAAUAAGUAAAUAAAUAAAUUUGAUGAUAAAUAAGUUUCUUUGAAAUUUAUAUAAUAGAAUCACAUUGCAUCUUAACACAUCAGUUAGUUUUUUUUGUAAUCUAUUGAACCUCCAUAAAGAUUUCCAUAAAGAUGAAAUGAUAUUUUGUUCCAGAUGGAGACACAGUUCCUGUGUAAACUUUGCCAAAUUUGCCAAGAGCCCAUUGAUGACAGCAAAUCUUCCGUCCGAGUUGGAGAAAAAGGAUGCCAAGGGAUUAGAGCCGCUUGUGAAAAUCACUCAGUAAAAGUCAUAAUAAAUCCAGGAGACUAUGUUCAUGUUUUGUGUCGCAAAAACUUUACUAGAACAUUAUCUGACAAACAUUCAGAUGAUAAAUAUGUUGAUAGAAAUGAUAAACAUUUGCGUUCUGUUGCUCCAAACUUUGAUUUUAAAUCAAGAUGUUUAUUUUGUGGUACAUUUGCUAAAUGUGGUAAAUUGAAAUUAAGAAAAGAUCUUUUGAUGCAUAUCCUGUAAGAAGUUUAGAAUUUCAAAGCACUAUUAUUAAAAAAUGUAUAGAUAGGGAUGAUCAGUGGGCGCAUGAUAUUAAACUUCGUCUCUCUCAUGUUUUUGACUUACCUGCAGCUGAUGCUGUAUACCACCAGCAGUGUAAUGUUAACUUUAGGACAGGAAAGAGUAUUCCGAAGGCAUACCAGACGGGAAAUUGUGACAAAGCUGCAUUAAGAAGUCCAGGUCGUCCAGAACAAAAAGAACAGAAAGAUGCUUUUGAAAAGGUAAUGUUAUUUCUUGAAGGUGCAACAAAUGAAACUCUCACAGUAAGUGACUUAGUGUCUGAAAUGACUAAUGUAUGUGGAGAAAAGGCAUACAGUACAAAACACAUGAAGAAGAAAAUCAUUGAACACUUUGGUAAUGAGGUGAUAAUAAGUAGUAUUGAUGGCAAGAAUGACAUUGUUUCCUUGAAGUCUAACGCAUCUGCGAUAAUCCAUUCAUUUUAUGAAGAUUUACAAGGACAGAGUGAUGAAGAAAAAAAAAUAAGAAUUUUAGAAACUGCUGGAAAAUUGCUUAAAGCCGAUAUUAAUUCAAUGAAAACAUCAAGAGAUUACUACCCAAGUUUUAAUGAUGUUUCUUCAGCAGAGAAUAACGUUUCUUUUUUACCAGAGAGUCUCCAAUUGUUUAUGAAAGCUAUUUUUGGCCAGCAAAAUAAUGUAAAGGUUGCCGAUAUAGGUCAGAGCAUUGUUCAGACAUGUCGAGCUAGAAGUGUGAUUGCCCCGCUACAGCUUGGUCUUGGAGUACAGCUGCAUCAUCAUUUCGGCUCCAGAUUUCUAAUUGAUCAUCUCAACAGCCUUGGCUUUUGUUGUUCCUAUUCUGAAGUCCAAAAGUACGAAGCUAAUGCUGCUGCCGCUUUGUCUAACAAAAUUCCUUGCCAGGAAUCAGAUGAUCCAUUUUUACAAUUUGUAGCGGACAACGUCGACCAUAACACUGAUACAAUAGAUGGACGUGGAACGUUUCAUGGUAUGGGAAUUAUAGCUUCAUCCACACCUGGAUCUGAGGUUACUGUGUCUGUACCUAGGCAGGAUGUUUCCCUUGAUCACCUUAUUGAAGCCAACAGAAUUUCUGUGAGAUAUUUAGUGCCAUCUGGUGAGAUUUCUGAAGUUUCUUUGUUCUGUGACUUACCUGAUAUUAGG